AUGGCGCUGCGGGUCCACCUGCUGGCCUGCGCCUUGGGCCUGGGCUCCUGGGUGGCGGUCAACGGCCUGUGGGUGGAGCUUCCGCUGCUGGUCAACGCCCUCCCCGAAGGCUGGGAGCUGCCCUCCUACCUGACCGUGCUCAUCCAGACGGCCAACCUGGGGCCUCUGCUCAUCGCGCUGGCGCACAAAGCGGCGCCGGGGCGCCUGAAGGAGCGCCCCGUCAUCCUGGCCGUCCUCUGCGUGGGCGUCCUGUCCUGCGUCCUGCUCACCUUGUUCUGGGACCGCACCAGCGUGGUGGCGGGCGCGCGGCGCAGCGUGGCCUUCUUCGUCAUCACCUUCUUCCUCUCGCUGGUGGACUGCACCUCCUCCGUCACCUUCCUGCCUUUCAUGACGGCGCUGCCGGCCGCCUACGUCGCCAGCUACUACGUCGGCGAGGGGCUGAGCGGCUUCCUUCCCGGAGUGGUCGCCCUGGCCCAAGGCGUGGGCGCGGCCAAGUGCGUCAACGCUACGCAGGGGCCGGCGGGAAAUCACAGCGGCGCCCACGACGGCUUCCUCCAGACCGAAUAUCUCCCCCCCAACUUCUCCACGGAGGUGUUCUUCUUCUUCCUGACGGCCAUGAUGUGCGUGAGUCUGGCCGCUUUCGUCGCGCUCUGCAGGCUUCGCCCGGACUCCGACGAGAACCCGACGGGGGGCUCGCCGGGCUCCGGCCCGGACGACCCGGCGGCGGAGAUCGAUUUGAAACGGCGGGACGAGGGGGGCGCCGACUCCCGAUACCGGCUGACCUUCAUCUACUUCCUGGUGGUGUGGGUCAACGGCGCCACCAACGGCGCGCUCCCCUCCGUGCAGACGUACUCCUGCAUGCCCUACGGCAACCUGGCCUAUCACCUCUCGGCCGCUCUGGCUUCGAUGGCCAAUCCGCUCGCUUGCACCGUUGCCAUGUUCUUCCAAAACAGGUCUGUGGUGUUUCUGGGUGCGCUGGCGCUGUUGGGGACGGCCUUUGGCAGCUACAACAUGGCCAUGGCCGCCAUGAGUCCCUGUCCUCUACUUCAGGGCUCCGUGGCGGGAGAGGUCGUCAUUGUCCUCUCGUGGCUCCUCUUCACUGGAACUCUGUCUUACGUCAAAGUGAUGGUAGGAGUCAUCCUGCGUGACCGAAGUCACAGCGCCCUCGUUUGGUGUGGCGCGGCAGCGCAAGCCGGCUCGCUGGUGGGCUCCGUCGUCAUGUUUCCGCUGGUCAACGUCCUGAAGCUCUUCAAGGCGGGGGACUUCUGCAACACCCAAUGUCCUCUAUGACUGCUCCCAUGUUGAGUUCAAGACUUGUUUGUGAGA